AGUCAGUCUCGUACUAAUUGUUCGGGCGUUCAGACAUUCGAAACAUUGGUUGGUGACUGCAAUCGGGACAUAUCGUAGUUUCGUAUUUUGGCAGUAUAACUGAAGGAAAUCUUAUGUUUUGGUGAUUGUGCUGUAUUCGCGAGAAUUGUGAGAAUUCCUUUGGCCAAAUGGCCAAAAUGUGCAGUGGCAUUUGGAGUGAUUGAGUUGUGGAACGUGACAGAAGAAGUGGAUAAAUUGAAGUGUUUCCACUCUUUGAGGGUGGUGGUGAGUCAAAAGGGUGGUUUUGCAAUUGAUGCACUCUCCCUGAAUGUCCCCAAAUGACUUCACAUGGCAUUUAAUUUAGAUAUUAGAGUUCAGCUACAUCGAGACAAUUAAUUGACCAUUAAUUCCACAUAAGUCAUAAUUAAUGUAGAUUGAUUGUUUGAUUCAAUUUACUCUCCCAGUGGCCAGAGAUUAUCGGAAUUAAUUAAUUUAUUGACCAAAUGACUAUUGCUGCAAACUUCAAAUUGUAACUAUAUACCAAAGUUACUGUCCCUGUGACCCAUCUCUCUUGGGUUUCAAUAUUACUACAUUAAUCGCAUUUGUGCGUUUAGUGAAGCAUUUUUGCUGAAAUAUCCCGCGUCAGUGGAAUUGCCGGCUAGUGUGGGGGUGUUUUUUUUUUCAACGAAAAAAAAAAUACCACAAACUGGUAAACACACGAGAGAAUAAAUAAAUUAAAUUUUCAAAAAAAAAAAGAGAGAGGGUUGAAAUGGAAUGCCAGCGAGUGUGAGGACAACGCAAAAAGAGGGCUUCAAUCGAAUGUUUCACCAGCAUAAAAUUUUAUCAUUUGACAUAGAGACAGAUGUACUAGAAAUAAAUACAACAAUACAAUUAAUCUAAAUUGUGAAGAUAGAGGAGCAAAAUUUUAAAAUUUGCGCAUCUUGUGCGACAAAUGCCAUCAGUUAGGUCACAUGGAGAACAGUUGCACUUAAAGUAGGAAUUUAUCAAGGAGUCUCCUCUCAAUCGCAAAAAAAAAUCUUUCAAGUCCUCUCUAUCCCCUCUCUCUCCACACCUCAAAAAGUAGUGAAGAGUGGAAGUUUUGAGGAUUUAGUGAAUUCCGCAGUGAUUAUUACAGUCAUCAUCUCAGAGGUCUUCUCCCAAGUGGACAAGGAUUCAAUUACAAUCCAACUUACAGUGCCCACUUCACAAUGGAAAUGAAAACUCUUCACUGUCUCCUGCUACUUUUCCUCUUGCAAGGUUCGAUUGCCGCCCUAAGACUGACGGAAGUUCGCAUUCCCAAUCACACCGUUCGAGGAAGUACAGCACGUCUGGAGUGCCACUACGAGAUGGACGGAGAAGCCCUUUACUCUGUGAAGUGGUACAAAGAUGGCAAUGAGUUCUAUCGCUACGUACCAAGGGAUAUGCCUCCGGUGCUUAUUUUCCAACUACCUGGCGUCUCAGUCGAUCUUCACAAUUCAACGGAUACUCUGGUGGUGCUGCAGUCAGUAAACUUGUCCGCAUCCGGCAGAUACAGAUGUGAAGUAUCCGCAGAAGCACCCUCCUUCCAAACAGUCUCCGACCAUGGCGAUAUGAUAGUUGUUGCUCUACCUGAAGAAGGACCUCGUAUCACAGGUGGAAGACCUAGAUAUCAGAUAGGCGAUGUUGUAAGGGUAAAUUGUACCUCGGGAAGGUCAAAACCUGCAACUCAUCUCAGCUGGUUCAUCAAUGGUGAACAUGCAGAACCGUCCUUCUUGCGUAACUACCCUCCCCUCAUUACUGGUAGAGAGGGUCUAGAAACGUCAACGCUAGGCCUAGAGUUCCGCGUGAGAGCAAAACAUUUCAAGAAAGGAGACAUGAAACUCAAGUGUUUGGCGACAAUUGCGACGGUGUACUGGCGUAGCAACGAAGAGAGCGUGGAAGGUGAUAAGCCGCAGAAAGCUCCGGUCCUCGAGUCGCGAGAAACCGUCUACGCCAGCAAUUCCCGUGCUGAUCGUGUUCAAGCAAACAAUUCUGGUUCGAUUUUCGAGAACAGUCACUUGAGACUUGUUACAUUCCUGCUGACACUAGUUCUCACAACUGCCGGCACCAGUCCAUUCCAAUCGUUCUCCGGCAGCGAUAAUGGUGCCACUUCUGCCACCAGGUAGCUCAUCCCAGUAUUCACACAUACCCAUCGCAUCCACUUCUAAAAGUACUCCAGAAUGAUGGGAGAGUAGCUUGGAUGAGGUGGAAAGAGAGAUAGAAAUUUACCAUUUGCCCAGAAGCCAGGAAGAGGUCUCCUGCCACGGUAUCUUCUGAAUUACAGUGAGAUUCCACGUGAAAUCCAUAAAUUAUAUACACCCGCCCUCUUGAAAUUUAAUAGUGAAUUUUCCACAAGAAUUGCCACCACAUCACAAUAGAAAA